AUGGUAGUGGAUUUUUGCAGAAGGUUUGUGGCCAGAUCGCUAUGUAUAAUACUGAUGAAGCAUUUUUGUUCCAGCUCUGUCUCGGAAGACCUAGGCUGUAGACGUGGGGAUUUCAGUAGGAAACAUUAUGGAUCUGUGGAGCUGCUUAUUUCUAGUGACGCCGAUGGAGCCAUCCAAAGGGCUGGAAGAUUCAGAGUGGAAAAUGGCUCUUCAGAUGAGAAUGCAACUGCCCUGCCAGGUACGUGGCGAAGAACAGACGUGCACUUAGAAAACCCAGAAUACCACACCAGAUGGUAUUUCAAGUAUUUUUUAGGACAAGUCCAUCAGAAUUAUAUUGGAAAUGAUGCAGAGAAGAGCCCUUUCUUCUUGUCCGUGACCCUUUCCGACCAAAACCAUCAGCGCGUCCCUCAAUACCGUGCAAUUCUUUGGAGGAAAACAGGUACCCAGAAAAUAUGCCUCCCGUACAGUCCCACAAAAACUCUCUCUGUGAAGUCCAUCUUAAGUGCCAUGAAUCUGGACAAAUUUGAGAAAGGCCCCAGAGAAAUUUUUCAUCCCGAGAUCCAAAAGGACUUGCUGGUUCUUGAAGAACAAGAGGGCUCCGUGAAUUUCAAGUUUGGGGUUCUAUUUGCCAAAGACGGGCAGCUCACUGAUGACGAGAUGUUCAGCAAUGAAAUCGGAAGUGACGCUUUUCAAAAAUUUUUACAUCUUCUGGGUGACAAAAUCACCCUAAAGGGCUGGACAGGCUACCGCGGCGGUCUGGACACCAAAAAUGAUACCACAGGGAUACAUUCAGUUUAUACUGUCUACCAAGGGCAUGAGAUCAUGUUUCAUGUUUCCACCAUGUUGCCAUAUUCCAAAGAGAACAAACAGCAGGUGGAGAGGAAGCGCCAUAUUGGAAAUGACAUCGUCACCAUCGUGUUCCAGGAGGGAGAGGAACCUUCUCCUGCCUUUAAGCCUUCCAUGAUCCGCUCCCACUUUACACAUAUUUUUGCCUUAGUGAGGUAUGAUCAACAAAAUGACAAUUACAGGCUGAAAAUAUUUUCAGAAGAAAGUGUACCACUCUUUGGUCCCCCCUUGCCAUCCCCACCGGUGUUUACAGACCACCAGGAAUUCAGGGACUUUUUGCUAGUGAAAUUAAUUAAUGGUGAAAAAGCCACUUUGGAAACCCCAACAUUUGCCCAGAAACGUCGACGUACUCUGGAUAUGUUGAUUCGAUCUUUAUACCAGGAUUUGAUGCCAGAUUUACAUAAGAACAUGCUUAACAGACGAUCUUUUAGUGACGUCUUACCAGAAUCGCCCAAGUCCGCACGGAAGAAAGAGGAGGCCCGCCAGGCAGAGUUUGUUAGAAUAGGGCAGGCACUAAAACUGAAAUCCAUUGUGAGAGGGGACGCUCCGUCAAGCUUGGUGGCUUCGGGGAUCUGUAAAAAAGAGCCUUGGGAGCCCCAGUGUUUCUGCAGUAAUUUCCCUCACGAAGCCGUGUGUGCGGAUCCCUGGGGCCAGGCCUUGCUGGUUUCCACUGAUGCUGGCGUCUUGCUAGUGGAUGAUGACCUUCCGUCAGUGCCCGUGUUUGACAAGACCCUGCCAGUAAAACAGAUGCAUGUGCUGGAGACCCUGGACCUUUUGAUCCUCAGAGCUGACAAAGGGAAAGACGCCCGCCUCUUUGUCUUCAGGCUCAGCGCCGUGCACAAGGCCGUCGAGGGCAAACAGGCCGUGAAGGGCAAGUGUGACUGCAGGGACAACAAGCUGGAGAAAACAAAAGGCUGCCACUUGUACGCCAUUAACACUCACCACAGCAGAGAGCUGAGGAUCGUUGUCGCCAUCCGGAACAAACUGCUCUUGGUCACAAGGAAACACAACAAGCCGGGCGGGGUCGCGAGCACCUCACUGCUGUGUCCCCUGCCCGAGUCACCUGUAGAGGAGUUCCAGUACAUCAGGGUUAAUUUUGUGGCAGCUAUCGAUGUGUACGAAGACGGAGAAGCCGGGCUCCUCUUGUGUUACAACUACAGUUGCAUCUAUAAAAAGGUUUGCCCAUUUAAUGGGGGCUCUUUUUUGGUUCAACCCUGUGCGUCAGAUUUCCAGUUCUGCUGGAACCAGGCUCCUUAUGCAAUUGUCUGCGCCUUCCCGUACCUCCUGGCCUUCACCACCGACUCCAUGGAGAUCCGCCUGGUGGUGAACGGGAACCUCGUCCACACGGCCGUCGUGCCGCAGCUGCAGCUCGUGGCCUCCAGGUCGGAUAUAUACUUCACAGCAGCCGCUGCUGUGAAUGAGGUCUCGUCCGGAGGCAGCUCCAAGGGGGCCAGUGCCCACAAUUCUCCUCAGACACCCCCGGGCCGAGAGACUCCAGCGUUUCCUUCUUCUCUGGGGGAAGGUGAAACUCAGUCCAAAAAUCUGUACAAGAUCCCACUCAGAAACCUUGUGGGCAGAAGCAUCGAACGACCUCUGAAGUCGCCUUUGGUCUCCAAGGCCGUCACCCCGCCCACGUCCAUCGGCCUCGGCAUCGCUGCCAUCCCUGUCACUCACUCCCUGUCCCUGUCCCGUAUGGAGAUUAAAGAAAUAGCGAGCAGGACCCGCAGGGAGCUGCUGGGCCUUUCUGAUGAAGGUGGACCCAAGUCAGAAGGAGCGCCAAAGCCCAAAUCAAAAGCCCGGAAGCAAUUAGAAGAAAGCCAAGGAGGCCCCAAGCCAGGGACAGCGAGAUCAACUAGCAGCGACAGGAUCACAUCGGGCUCCUUGGAAAGUCCGUCUGCUCCAGAAGCCAACACCGAGGGGCGCUACUACUCGACGGGCUCCGAACAGGACCCUCUGGUGGACAGAGAAGGCAGCCCCGUGUGGGGCAGGAGCCCCUUCCAGCUCACAGCUUCCUCGGACGAAGACAUUAUCGACCUGAAGUGA